UUGAAUUGAUAUGACACUUUCGUCUUCAUCAUAUUGGCUUUAAUUUCUAUGAAAAUAUAUUUACGCAUUGCACCUACCGCCCAGCAUGAAAUAUAUAAAAAUUGAGAAAUAUAUAAAGGGGGCAGUUAAAAGGGUUAAUUAGAGUAAUGCAGAUGCUGAGGUAGAAGGGGGCAUGGAUGCAAAAACACCCAUACUAUUGCCAGAGGCUGAGCAUGUGAAACCAUGUGUCGAUGAUUGCAUGAAAUACUCCAUGCACUCUUCCCUUUAAAGUGCCUUCUUCUAUUUACUUUCCUUCUGAGACUUCUCACUUCAGCAAUUCCUUCUUCUCUUUCCUCUCUUCUCGGUCUCCCUCUCUGUGCUCAGGUUUGGUGAGCUGAAACCCAAGAAUUGAAGCGAACACGCACACCCCAUCAUUAAUUAAAAGACAGAAAAAGAAUGGACGUUUACGGAAUUUCCACACCUGACUGUUUCCGCAUUGACGACCUCCUGGACUUCUCCAACGAGGACCUCUUCUCCUCCUCCACUUCCACCUCUUCCUCCGUCGCCACCGACCACCAUCGCCAUCUUUCUCUACCUGAAAAUCCUUCCAUUCACCACUUCCCUUCUUCCGCUCCCUUUAAUUCCGGGCUCUCCACGGAUUUCACCGAUCACCUUCUCGUCCCUAGUGAUGACGUGGCUGAGUUGGAGUGGCUAUCGCAAUUUGUAGACGACUCGUGCAUAGAGUUUCCUGCUAACUCGCUUUCCGGUACGAUCAACAUCCGAUCCGAAACAUCAUUUUGUGCGAAGGCUCGCAGCAAACGCUCAAGAGGCACAGCAAUCAACGCUACUCCCUGGAUAUCAUCUUCACCAGAAAUUCCAUCUCCUACAACUGGGAAAUUGAAAUCGAAGAAAGAGAUCAAUAGAGCAUCAUCACCGACGGCUGAGGGUGGAGUUAGGAGGUGCACCCACUGCGCUUCAGAGAAGACUCCACAGUGGCGCACAGGCCCACUGGGUCCCAAAACAUUGUGCAAUGCCUGCGGUGUAAGGUACAAAUCGGGAAGGCUCGUCCCCGAAUAUAGACCGGCGGCCAGCCCGACAUUCGUACUGACUCAGCACUCAAACUCCCACCGUAAGGUAUUGGAGCUACGUAGGCAGAAGGAAAUGAUGAUGCAGCAGCAACAGCAGCAGGAGGAACAACGCAUCUACCAUCACCAUCUCCACCCCAAGCAGAACUUCGAAAUUUGCUAACUCUCAUUUUGCAAUUUGAAUGCUGUGAUCAGUGUUAAUAGAUAUUGAUCACUAUGGUUUGUGUUUUCCAUUUAGUUUUCUUUGAUUAUUUUCUGAGGAAAACAGAAAAAAAUACUCUACUAAUUUAAAACUGCUGUUUUUUUUUUUUUUUUAAAAAAAAACAUUACCAUUAAGUA